CACUGAACUACAACACCACACACGUUCCUUGUUUUCCUUUACAUUCCGUUUCUGUCUGUCGCUCACCGUGUCACCGGAUUAACCAUGGUGUCUUUACCAUUCCUAGAGAGUUUUGAUAUGAAGAGUCUGCUUUUUAUUUUGGCAUUUUUGCUGAUUCUCGACUACUUAAAGAACAAAAAUUCUCUGAACUUUCCCUCUGGACCCUUGGCACUCCCGUUCCUCGGAAACAUCUUGGACAUUGCCUCCCCACAGCCACAUAUUUACUUAACCAAGCUUGGCAAGGCCUACAACAACAUAUUUUCCAUGCGAAUAGGCCAACAGAAGAUGAUCCUUCUCACAGGUUACAAAAUGGUGAAGGAAGCUUUGGUGAACCAGACGGACAAUUUUGUGGAUAGGCCUUACAGUCCCCUUGCAGAGAGGAUCUACUCAGGCAAUGGUGGACUGUUUACCAGCAAUGGUAACUUGUGGAAGAAGCAGCGACGCUUUGCUCUGUCAACACUGAGAAACUUUGGGCUUGGAAAGAAGACUAUGGAGCUCGCCAUCUGUGAGGAGAGCCAUUUUCUGCUGGAUGAAAUGGACAGACACAAAGGACAGGCUUUUGAUCCUUCUGGACUUUUCAACAAUGCUGUUUCCAACAUCAUUUGCCAGUUAGUGUUCGGCCAGAGAUAUGAUUAUGCAGACUAUGACUUCCAGCAGAUGCUGAAGUACACAUCUGAAGCAAUUCACCUAGAGGGCUCCAUUUGGGGAUGGCUUUAUGAAUCAUUUCCUAACAUUAUGAAGCAUCUUCCUGGCCGACACAAUGUUAUUUUUAGCAACUAUGAACACGUUUCUGAAUUUAUAAAAAAGAACUUGGACAAGCACAAAGCAAACCUGGACCCCUCCAAUCCUCGAGACUACAUGGACAGCUUUCUGAUUGAGAAAGAGAAUUCUCAUGAUCCAGCUGAUGGUUUUAGUGACAAAAAUCUGGUUAGGUGUACACUGGACCUGUUUCUCGCAGGAACUGAAACCACUACUACUUCACUGGGCUGGGCUCUCAUCUACCUUGCCAAAAAUCCAGAAAUACAGGAUAAAGUGCAGGAGGAGAUAGACAGAGUGAUUGGGCAGUCCCGACAACCCGGCAUGGCCGACAAACCCAACAUGCCCUACACUGAAGCUGUCAUCCACGAGAUCCUGAGGAGAGGAGACAUUGUGCCUCUGAGCGGACUUCGAGUAGCAGCGAAGGACACGACACUUGGAGGAUACGCCAUUCUAAAAGGAACCACAAUUAUGCCCAUACUUCACUCUGUAUUGUUUGAUGAAGAUGAGUGGGAGACACCCAACAGCUUCAAUCCUCAGCACUUCCUUGAUAAAGAGGGCAAGUUUGUGAGGAGAGAUGCGUUUCUGGCCUUCUCUGCAGGGAAGAGAGUGUGUCUAGGAGAACAGCUGGCGAGGAUGGAGCUCUUCCUGUUCUUCACCUGCCUCUUCCAGAAGUUCCGCUUCUCUGAAGUGGAGGGGGAAGAGCUGGACACAGAGGGCAUUCUGGGAGUCACACUAACUCCUCGCCCUUAUAAAAUCCAUGCAAAGGCACGAUGAGCACAUUCCACUACACACGCUUAACAUACAUCUCAUACAUAACAAUACAACUGUUCCACUUCUGGAACUUCUGUUAUGACUUAUGAACAUGACAAAAUGUUAAAAAACUGAAGCAUACAUCAGAGAACAGCUUCACCGGGGGUAAGCUUGAUUUUGCAUAAAAAAAUGACCUGAAAGUAGAAUUUUAAAAGACAUGCAGAGUGUUUUUUUUAUUUGACCUAACAAUAAAACAAUAAAGAUUCCAACAAUCUGCUCUGUACAAUAAUUUCUCAUGUAUUUUAAAAUGAAAUAAACUUUAACUCUUAAUGAA